CUAUUUCAAAGAACAUAUUGAUUAAUUAAAAUGAAAAAGAUAAAAUACUAUGGAAUAGCUUCCAAAAGGUAAUAUUUUCCUAUGACCUAAGCCACCGUACAAUAAUUCAUCAAAUCGACAACUAAUGGGGAUAUGAAAUUCUCUAAUGAGUAUGUGACAUAAGUCAUGUCUAUGGCUAGGGAGUAUUUCUAAAUGGUUUCAGAUUAAGCUAAUACUAUCUGCCAGGAAAAUGGAAAAAAAACAAUAUCAGGAGAGUUUUUCUAUAAGGCGAUUCAAUAAUUUAGAUUAGAUUGAUAAAUUCCAUUUCUGAAAGAAACAGAGGAUGAAAUUAAAGAGGA